AUGACGCGUCUACCGCCUUCUUCCCCCGUCACGUGCCGUCGCAUCACGGUCGCCGAACAAACCGCGCCCCAUCGCCGUCAGGAGGGGCGUUGGUUGCGUGCUCGGGUGCGGGGGGAGGCCGAAACGGACGAUGGCGACCGGAUAAGAAGUCGAGGCCCAUCGCCCCCAUCCCUCUCUGCUAAUUUAUCGACAUCCCUUCCACGCAACUCCAAGGCCUCGAACAACCCGGCAGCCAUGGCGUCCCCCUCUCCUCCGGCGCCCCAGUCCGAUCGUGCCGCGCUCCUCAAGGCCUUCGACGAGUCCCGCACCGGCGUGCGCGGCCUCGUCGAGUCGGGCGUCUCCUCCGUCCCGGCGCUCUUUCUCCACCCGGACCCAUACGCCUCCGUCCCGCUCGCUCCCCCCGGCGUUUCCAUCCCCGUCGUCGACCUCUCCCUCCCCGCGCCACUCGCCGCGGCGGCCGCGGCGGAGGCCGCCCGCGACUGGGGCUUCUUCCACCUCGUCAACCACCACCAGGCCCUCGGCGUCCCCGCGGACUACCCAUCGCGGGCGCUCGCCGCCGUGCACGCCUUCAACGAGCUCCCGGCCCCCGAGCGCGCCUCACACUACAGCCGCGCCGUGGCCGGCGGGGUUAACUACUCCUCCAACGUCGACCUGUUCAGCUCCCGCGCGGUGAGCUGGCGCGACACCAUCCAGAUCUUGUUUGGGCCCCAGCGGGCCGACCCGGCGCGCAUCCCAGCCGUCUGCCGAGAAGAGAUCCUCGAGUGGGACGCGCACACCACCGCCGUGGGGCGAGCUUUGCUGGGGCUCCUCUCCGAGGGGCUCGGGCUUGGGGCCGCGGCGCUGGAGGAGGCCUCCUGCCUCGAGGGGAAGCUGAUGGCCUGCCACUACUACCCGGUGUGCCCCGAGCCCGAGCGCACCAUGGGCAUCGUCGCGCACACAGACCCUGGUGUGCUCACCGUCCUUGCGCAGGACGCUGUCGGUGGUCUGCAGGUGAAGCAGAUUGACGAGGAAGGGAGGAGCCACUGGGUGGAUGCGAAGCCCGUGCCCGGCGCGCUAGUCAUCAAUGUCGGGGACCUCUUGCAGAUAAUGUCUAAUGAUAAGUACAAGAGUGUUGAGCAUCGGGUGAUAAUGAAUACACGUGAAGAAGCCAGAGUCUCAAUCGCCAUCUUUUUCAAUCCUGGGAAGAGAGGGGACUCAGUUUUUUAUGGACCAUUGGCAGAACUGGUUUCUUCGGAAAACCCACCAAAGUACAGGAAUUUUACCAUGUCUGAGUUUUUGGGGUCCUUCUUUAAACGAGACCUUGCGAGCAAGGCUCUAAUUGAUCACUUCAAAUUGUAAGAUUAAUCAAGUGCUUGCCCCAAGAAAGUUCAGGCUUCUGUAACCGUGUGCGAUGCUGAUAAUAUAAAACAAAAUGUUCUACCUCAUAAAAAUCAUGCUUCUCUGUUUUCUGUA